GCACCUUAGGAGGUGGGUAGGUACUUGCACGCCAGGCGAUCGAUGUAGGGCGGUACAUGGCAUGUACUUGGGUGUGGAUGCCGACUGAUCGUCCACACCAAUGCUUAUCGCGCCCUAGCCAAACCAGCAAGCUCUGCCAGAGAACGAAUCCCAUACACCACCACCCACCCAUCCGUCCAUAUCCAUCCAUCCACACCACACCACACCACACGUACACAACACACACUUCCAUACAUAGGACACCCAGUCUUUUCCUUCACCCUCACCUUUGUCUACGCACGAUCCCAUCCGCCCUCCGCCGUCUUCCCUAGCUUGGAGAUACCAGACAGAUCCAGCCGGCUGCCCAUUCCUGACAAACAGCCCCCAGUCAUCUCGAGAUCCUGACUAUCCUCUCUCAUCAUCGCCUAUAUCUACCAUAAAAGUUCCCUCGAGGCAUGACGAGCUGAAAUCUCCAUCGUCCUCUAUCGCAAGCCACUAGGCAAAGGAGCCUUUUUGCGCCGUGGCAGCAGUAGGGUCUCUCUUCUCUCUCCCGGCCUGUUUUCCCCACUGCUCGCACCACUCAACCCACCACUGCCAUCGAACCAUCUUCCGUUUACCACCUGCCACGUCUACGAGCUCUAGCUUGGACGCGCCGACGACACCACCCGAGUCCCGCCACCUCCGAGCCGUCCGCCUAUGAUAGCAAUCCCGUCCUAGUCGACUCGCCAGGCCCGCCGAAUAUGUCUCAGCAACAGACUGCCCCGAUGCUCAUCAAUGUCCCACCCCCACCAUCCAAUCCAGACACCCCAAGCGACGUGCCUGGCACUCCCACCAGCACCACCACUUCGCUCUCCGCCGUCUCUACCACGGCGAUUAAGGAUGGCCACCGCGGCCAAGCCCACCAUGCCCUCGGCUCCCGCGGCCACCACCACCACUCCUCGACGAACAGCCUAGAAGCGGAGCGCGCCGACCGCAUCAGUCGCCUCGCCGGCCUCGAGCGUGUCUCGACCAUCCGCGCCCCCAACCAACAUCUGAACCCCAACUCGCCCCAGGUCACACCCACAUCUGCUGGCUUCCCCUCCCAGCAGCCGGCGCCCCUCACGCCAGCCUACUUCGACUCUAAUGGACAGCCCACCGCAGUUACUAAAGUCAGCACGGUAGGGACGGCAUCAGCGACGGGUAGCCUCGGCGCGCGGACCACUGCCGAUGCGGGCGAUCAGUUCGAGAUGGAUACUGACCUGACCGAGGUUGACGAGGAGGAUGACAUGAGCACCGACGCGAAUUAUAGGCAGAUGGACGUCGACUCUACGUCUGGACCUCUGGAUCCGAUGGACGAGGACAUUUCGGGCCGUUCUGUCGGCGGCUACGAGGAUCGCAUGAGCGACGACGGAACUGCCAGCUUGGUCGCCUUUGGCGAGGGCGCAAAUAGCACCGUCAGCGGACCCAUCUACCACCGUAGGCCUCUACCCGGCACCGGCGCCUGGGGCUUGGAGCGAAGCAGCUCCGGCCUGAGCCAAGAAGCGACGACGCGAAGCCGCGAGGUGCGCGAUAUCGCUGGUAGCGAGACCCCCGUCAGCGCAUCCGCUGCCGCCGAGAGGCGAGAAGCUAAGUAUGUCGACGGCGUUGUCGCUGACGGCGGUGGUCACGUCGGCGCCUCGGAUGACGACGUAUUCGUGGACACCACGACUCGCGGACCCGUGCCCAUCCAACCCGGCCAGCCACGUACGAGCGCCCUUCGAGAAGGCGUCGGCGGACCGGCCAUGCGAGAGGCAGCCGAGCGCAUCGUACGAGAGCGCCUCGACGGCGGCGAGGGCCGCGCCCCCGUCCUCGGCCGGUGCAAGGACAGCGGUAAGCUCGGCAAAUUCUACUUUGAGGAUAAUCAUAAAUAGGGAAAGAAAGAAAGGCUGGCGCGGUAAGAGGUUGUCGCGCGGAGAGUUGGUCGGUUCAGGGGAUUGCUUUUACGAUUAACGGAGUUAUACUGGCGUUCGGGGCAAAAUCUCCACUGAGAAUAGUGGAGGGUGGCCCAGCCGUCUUUUUAUCACCGGCCGGCACACACCUACAGACAUAUGCACAUGGUCAAGAAGACGGGGGGGACGGUGGGCGACGGACACUCGUUGUUUUCUAGGCUCCCGCUGGGAACCUCGAAGAACUCGGUUUGCGCAGGUCCGGACCCGGGCCGAUUGGUGUAUGUUAUGGUCGUGUAUGCGUAAAUGUGCGAUUGUAUUCGCUCAAGGUCUCCCCCCCCCCCUCCCCGGGAAGGGAGAGCACGUAGCAAUCGGGCGGACAGCCGCGGCUGGUCCUAUGGUCCUACUAAU